CAAUCCUCUGUUCUCACUUCCAUCUCUAAAAAUGGCGAAAUCUCUUUCCAUUGCAGCAGCCAUACUCUUCCUUCUUUCACUUUCCACCGCCGAUGCUAAAAUCCCCGGCGUCUUCUCUCCCGGCCCCUGGCAGACCGCCCACGCCACUUUCUACGGCGGCAGUGAUGCAUCCGGCACAAUGGGCGGAGCUUGUGGUUAUGGAAAUCUAUACAGCCAAGGGUACGGUGUCAACACGGCUGCACUUAGCACAGCAUUGUUCAACGAAGGACUGAGCUGCGGUUCAUGUUUCGAAAUCAAAUGUAUCAAUGACCCACAAUGGUGUCUCUCCGGUAACCCAUCUAUACUCAUAACCGCUACAAAUUUCUGUCCACCAAAUUAUGCUCAGGCUUCGGAUAAUGGUGGGUGGUGUAAUCCUCCCCGCCCUCAUUUCGAUCUCUCAAUGCCAAUGUUCUUAAAACUUGCACAAUACAAAGCUGGAAUCGUCCCUGUUUCUUAUCGCCGGGUACCUUGUAGUAAGCGAGGUGGAAUAAGAUUCACCGUCAGUGGUUUCAAAUACUUCAAUCUGGUUUUGGUUACAAAUGUCGCCGGCGCCGGAGACAUUGUUAAGGUUAGCAUUAAGGGUACAAAUACCCAAUGGUUGUCUAUGAGCCGUAACUGGGGACAGAACUGGCAGUCUAAUGCUGUGUUGGUGGGGCAAUCUCUUUCUUUUCGUGUCACCGGAAGUGAUCGCCGUACUUCUACUUCUCUGAACAUUGCUCCGGCGACUUGGCAGUUUGGGCAAACCUUUUCCGGCAAGAAUUUCCGCAUAUAAGGACAUGGGUCAUGGUCAUCUAUUGCAAUAUUAUUGUUAUUAUAAUUACUAUAAUACUUGUAAAAGUAAUAUUCUAUCUGUCAAAAGUUGCAUGGUUAAGUUUUUCUCCUUUUUUAUGGGAAAAUUUGAAUGCCGUCUGUAAUGCAGAAAGAAGGGUUUAUUAGUA